AUGAAUCCAAUACCAACAACGUCAGAAAAUGUCGUUCGCCCAGCAAGAACUCGACCGAAAAUCACGCUCAAUAUACCUGAUAAUCCGUAUAGAGCGACAGAACCUUCGCCAUAUAUUCAACCUGCUCCGAUGACAGGAUUGUCAGGAUAUCCGGGAACAGCUUCUGUUGGUCCUAAUGGAUUUCAAUACGAUGCUUACAUGUAUCCUCAAAAAGCGGGUCAAUAUAUGUUCAAGCAAUUUGCGGGUUUUAAAGAUUUUACAAUGAAUACUGCCAAAUCUGGUUUGGGUUUCGGAGAAAAAUAUGCCUUUUGGAUGUACAAUAAAGUAUCGCAAUGGUCAAAAAGUACAUUCACACAUAUCUUUCUCACAAUCGUUGUGUUACUGUAUAGUUUGGCAGGUGCUGCAAUUUUUAAAGCAAUUGAAGGAGGAGCAGAAGAACAAGCGCGAACUGAUAUUAAAAACAACAGAUCUCUUUUACUUGAUGAAAUUUUGAACUAUACAACGCAUCCUGAUUCUCUUCAGUUGUUAAAAUUCGAUGUCCCAAAAUGGAAAGGAGAUAUCGAAAACAGAAUUUUGACGUACGAAAGAGCAUUGAUAGCUCAUUUACAAGAAGGAAAUUACGAUCAGGAUAAAGCUAAAUGGUCUUUUUGGAAUGCAAUGUUCUUCUGUGGUACUGUUUACACCACAAUAGAAAAUAUAAAUAGAACUGUGAUGGAUAGUAUGAGUCAAAAAAACUUUGGUACUCCCGCGACAUCAAGUGUUCGUCGUUAUCGACGUACUCCGUCAAACAGAAGCGUAACGAAGCGUGAUCAAACGCCUGAUCCGUCGUCUCGCGUGCAAAGCUCCCAACGAAAUACGGACGACGACAGUUGUAGUAGUGCGGAUUUCUUCUUUGCCAACAAUAACGGCGUUGGUAGAUCGCCUUCUGUAAGUGUGCCAACUUCUCCUGUUGCUGUAACUGCGCCAUCGUCUCCCUUCAAGGAAAUGUCUCCGGCUUUUCCCGUCAACAACAACAAUGAGGAAAAGCCCGAAAAUGACGUCAAAGAAACGAAAAAAUUCCCUGAAGUUGAAGCUGGAGGACAUAUGAGCAAAAUUCUGAGUCGACGAAACAAAGCAAAAAAUGCUGCGAAAGCUCAUCGAAGUCAAUCAACGCCUCGCAAAGAAAGUGAAACACAAACAAGCACAACGGCAGUUAUCACAUACACAAGCGACGUACCAAUUAGCAAACGAAGCAUGUCUCUUCCGCGUCACAAAGAAGAUUCGAGUGAAAGUGACGCCGCAUUAGUUGCUCGUUUAACGAUUCCUGCGCCGGCGUAUCAACCUCAAUUUUCGACAACAGAUCCGCGUGGUUUGCAACUCGAAAUGAACAUGAAAAAGUUCGAAGAGGAUCGCAAAAAGUUUGAACUUGAAAAACUGAGAUUUAUUCAACAGAAACGCGAACUCGAUCGCAUGAGACUUGCGAGAUUCGAAAAAUAUCGCGAAGAAAUUGCAGCAAAAGAACCAUCAAAAGGACUAACGCCAUUCGCAUUACACGAAAAAGAUUUGGGCGUUCGUCCUGACAGUCCAAUGCCACGAAAAUCAAAAUCCAAAUCGAGAGAACGUCGUUCAAAAUCGUCAAUGAAGAAACACAAGGACUAUGUUUCAUCAACUGUAGAUGCUUCCGACGAAUCAGAUUAUGAACAAAGACGAUUAAAAACUCGUUUGGCAUCAAAAUCGCCUCGAAGAAAGUCAUCGAGAUCUCGAACGCCUGUUGCUGUUUCAAAAACUCCUGAUAUAACGAUUGAUUCGGUCGACGAAUAUUUCGACAUUAACAAAAACUCCAUUCAAGAUUUAGGAAAAGCGCUUCAAGUGAGACGACGAAAUGUGAAAAAUGACACAGAUAAACAGGCAAAUGGCACAAAUGGAGUUGCGAAAGAAGUUGAAAUCAAGGAUGAUGAUGAAACAAAGAAAUUACUUGUACCGAUAUUUGUAAAUGCUUAUGCUCACAAACCAAAUUUGCCAAAAACGGGUUUGAGAUCGUAUUUAUAUCCAUUUUAUUACGAAUCUAAAAUUGUUUGGAAACAAUUGAAAGCGGCACAUCCUAAAGAAGUAUUAGAAAUUCGGACGUCGUUUAAGAGAUGUUUGUGUAUGUGGAUAGCAAUGUUGAUAUUAUGCGGCACAGGAGGCUUAAUUUUUCGACAUCUCGAAGGAAAUUGGGAAAAUAUGUACAAAUGCGGCACAAAACGUAUACGACGAACAUUUAUCGAUGAUCUGUGGAAAUUCAGUCAAAAUUUGAGAGAAGACGAUUGGAAAACAAAAGCACGAACAACACUCAAGCAAUUUGAAGAAGAAUUGCAAAUCGCAUACGACGCGGGUGUCAAAUCGUAUUCGGGAAUUACGGUUUGGUCGUUCAUUAAUAGUGCAUUAUUUUGUCUCACUGUUGUUACAACUAUUGGCUAUGGACAUAUUGUUCCUAAAACCACAGCAGGAAAAGCACUAACAAUCGUUUACUCUAUCAUCGGUGUUCCAUUGUUCUUGAUCAUCUUAGCUGAUUUUGGAAAGUUGUUGACUCGCAUUAUAAAAUUCCUGUGGGCAUACGUUCGACGUCUUUAUUACACAGGAACAUGUAAAAAAGUCAGAAAACAAUCGCAAGUUCAAGGCGUAAUGCGUGGCAUAAACGUAAUGUACGAUAUGGCUCGUCGCCCAAGUCAAAUGGUUACGACAUUGGGUGUUAUGCAAACUCAAACGCCAACAAGCACAGAAUCUCAUCCUCCAUCUUGUGAUUCGCCGACAUUGCCCGAUAUCGAAAUUGACGACGAAUUUAAUCUUCCCAUCAGUUUGGCGCUCUCUAUUUUGAUCAUUUACAUGUUGUUUGGAGCUGCUGUGUACAAGUCAUGGGAAAGUUGGAGUUUCUUUGAUUCUUUCUAUUUCGUUUUUAUUUCCAUGUCCACAAUCGGAUUUGGCGAUUUGGUGCCUGAUCAUCCGAUGUUCAUGAUGGCAAGUAUUAUUUACUUGAUAUUCGGACUUGCUCUUACUUCGAUGUGUAUCAACGUUGUGCAAAUCAAACUUAGUGACACAUUUAGGGCAGCAAGUGCGAAACUUGGAGCGACAAUUGGAUUACAACCGGGAGCAGAAACAGCAUCUGUAGGCGCUGAACACACGCCUGUUGAACUUGCAGGAGUGCAUGUCGGGCAAAAAGACGGAAUUUAAUUUUUAAGCUUUACUUUUCGCUAUUUAUUUAUUUAAUAUUUUAAGUAAUUGCUUUCCAAUGUUAGUUGUUUGUGUUUUAUUUACGAAAAA